AUGUUUACAGUAUCUGUGCCCACCAUCUCGGUGGGCUCGAACGUCUUUUUCGCAUUUGCCUUAUUCCUCAUCUCCGCACUUGUGUUACUUCUCCUGCGCCGGUUCCUCACCCUCCGGGCCACUCCGGGGUAUUUAAUUGUCCCUAUAUUCUUGGCUCUGGCUCUGCCCGCUAGUGUGGUACUGCUUGUCCCCAUCGAUUUGGCGUCCAGUUCGCGAGAUGGAUCCGGUCCUAAAGCAAUCUGGCUGCCAGAGCGAAUGGUUCUGGUAUGCUGGCGCAUUGCCUAUUGGCUGAUCUUCGUUCUCACCUGGGCUAUCCUCCCAUUACUCGGUGAAUACGUUGACUCGGGUUACCGUGAACCAAAAGGCCGCCUUAUGUACUCUCUUCGCUCGAACGCUAAAUACCAAUUGACUGUCCUGGGAUGUGCCCUGGUGGGGCUGGUCUACGUUUCAAUCUCGAAUGGAUUCGAAUUCACGUCCAUCAAGGGUCUGGUGAUGGCAUUGGCAUAUGUGUGGGGUCUGGUUCUUGCCAUUUACCUCAUGGGCCACGGUCUUGUCUCCAUCCCGCGCAACCUACUUAGAAACUCCAAUGUGAGUGGUCGGUUACGCAGAAUACAGGCACAUGCACCCCGAGUGCACGAUCGCCUAAUGGACUCGGUCAAUGAAUUGGAGAACCUCAAUUCUCAGGUCUCUCAACUUCAACGCCGUAAGACCGGAACCGCACGUGACUUCAAGGAGUGGAUUGAGGAGCUUCGUGAUGGGCGUGAUCAAUCAGAUGUGCGAGCCCCGAUUCUCGAGGCUCCGGAUACAUCCGCCACGGUGCCUUCUGUCAUUACGGAACGCUAUCUGGCUGAUCUUACACGGCGGCUUCAACGUGCUCGUCAUAUGAAGGCCCGGUUUGUCGAUGAGUGGGAUCGUUUGGUCCAAUUAUCAGCCGAUCUUCAAGCCAUCAUCAACUCUGCCGCCUCAAAAAAGCUCGAAUUUGCCCCAGCUCCUCGUCGGUCGUCAUGUAUCCCUCGUGUGAAAUUCAUUACUCCGUACAUGCGCUAUCAAGUGUAUUCGAACGUCAUUCCCUCUGUUAGGCUGGUGCUUGGUGUCUUCUUCGCUGUGGCAUCAGCCUGUAUCGUUUGGUCGGAACUAAUCAAAUCCUUGGCACCCCAGCUCUCUGCCGUGAGUUUGACCGUGGUUCCCAACUGGAAAGACCACCCUGUUGGGUUUGGUGGCCAGGUUACGGCGUCUGCCUGGUUGUUGUACAUGUGUUCCGCCGCUCUCGUUGGUGUCAGCGAUGUCAAAGUGUGGGGAAACCGCGCGCUGGUUCGCCGUAAUACCUAUGGCGAGAGUGCCUGCUGGUACGCUGGUCUUGUUGCUCGGCUGACAGUUCCAAUCGCGUACAACUUCUUGACAUUCUUGCCAAAGGAGUUCCGCAGAAACACCACGUUCUAUGAGUUCCUUGGUAAGCUCAUCAACCUGACGCCACUCGGUAAAGGAUUUGAUUUUAUCUUCCCGAUACUCAUCCUACUACCUAUCUGUGCAACACUUUUCAAUCUGUAUGGGCGUAUCAAGAACAUCUUUGGGUUCGGUCUUGCAGAGGAUGAUGAUAUACACGACGUUGAAAACAACCCUGCCGGAUAUGGCAUGGGUGGCUGGCGUGAAGGUCGCGAUCUCAUUGAACGGGAACUGAACGGUUUCGGUUCUCUGGCAGUGUCCUCCCGUGGUAGCCGUUCAACUUGGGCGUCGGACCGUGAAGAUGAAGGCUCUCCUGGCUCGUCUCGACUCCGGAUCCCGAUCGCAGAGGGCUCCCAGUCUGCCCAAAGAACAGUAGCCGCGCCUACUAUCAUAGACGGCGAAGACGAGGAAGAUGAAAACUUCUUCCAGUCAUUCGCGCACCGCGUCAAGAACACCUUCGACACUACUAACACACCUCGAUGGUUCCAAGGCGAGCCAUUCCGACUUCCACGAUGGAUGUCGGGAGAAAAUAACGCCUCAGAAGAGGGCGCUUCGUUGAUUGGAGGUCGGGCUGUGCCUGGUCAUUUGCGUCUGGGUUAG